CGAAGAAAUAGUACGGCCGGCAUGCCUGCCUGCACAUCAUACAGCCCCCUCUGCUUGCUUAUAAGUUUGUGCCCAUGUACACUUGAUGGUUUUUGACCAGAGACUGGCUGCUAAGGAGCAGCAUGGCGUGCUGUGGUUCACGAACCGUCAGGUUUCAGAACGACCUCGAGGUCCAGCACUUGAAAGCAAGCGCGUUGGGGAGCACGCCAUCGCCGAGCAGCAGCAGCAGCAGGAAGCACAAGAAGCCACAUGAUCCAAGGAAAUGCAAGCCGGGUGGCACGUCCCGAGGCUGGCCGCCGGAGGAGCCGGAGAAGCCGUGCAGGAGGAGCCUCAAGGACCGGGUGCUGUCGCGGGCCUUCUCGGAGGAGCUGGAGUCGCUGAUGCACGCGGGCAACAACAACCACCACCAGCUGCCGCUGUUCGACCCCCGGGGCCGCGUCAUCCACCUGUGGAACAAGGUCUUCCUGGCGGCGUGCCUGGUGUCGCUGUUCGUGGACCCUUUGUUCCUGUACCUGACGGGCACCCAGCAGAACAUGUGCAUCGAGUUCAAGCACUCCCUGGCGCUCACGCUCUCCAUGAUCCGGUCCCUGCUCGACGUCUUCUACGCCGUCCACAUCUUCCUCCGUUUCCGGACCGCCUUCAUCGCGCCGUCUUCCAGGGUGUUUGGGAGAGGGGAGCUUGUCAUCCUGCCUUACAAGAUCGCCAGGAGGUACCUGUCCAGUACCUUCUGGUUCGACCUCAUCACCGCGCUGCCUCUGCCGCAGUUUGUGAUCUGGAUUCUGGUGCCGAUGCUGAAGGAAUCCGCAACGGCGAACAGGAAGGACAUCCUUCGCUUCAGCAUCAUCUUCCAGUACCUCCCCCGGCUUUUCCAGAUCUUCCCGCUCACGAGGCAGAUCGUCAUGGCCACCGGUGCCAUGACGGAGAACGCGUGGGCCAGCGCCGCGUACAAUCUCAUACUCUACAUGCUCGCAAGCCAUGUGCUGGGAGCGUUGUGGUACCUGUUCUCGGUGCAGAGGCAGGAGGCGUGCUGGAGGGCGGCGUGCCACCUGGACGGGCCCAUGUGUCAGACCGAGUUCUUCGACUGCAACACCGUGAGCAACAACAGGACGAUCUGGUACCAGCUGAGCAACAUAACAAGCUUGUGCACCCCGAGCAACAGCUUCUACCAGUUUGGGAUCUACGGGGAGGCGCUGGACCAAAAGCUGACCACGUCGGCGUUUACGCAGAAGUAUUUCUACUGCUUCUGGUGGGGGCUGAAGAACCUCAGUUGCUUAGGACAGAAUCUGGCGACGAGCUUGUUCAUAGGAGAGAUAAGCUUCGCGAUCGUCAUCGGCGUUCUUGGGCUGGUGCUGUUCGCCCUGCUCAUUGGCAAUAUGCAAUCUUACCUCCAAGCGACGAUGAUCCGGCUGGAAGAGUGGCGGACCAAGCGGACGGACAUGGAGCGGUGGAUGCACCACCGUCAGAUCCCGCAGCAGCUAAAGCAGUGCGUGCGUCGGUACCAGCAGUACACGUGGGUGGCCACCCGGGGCGUGGACGAGGAGGCCUUGCUCAAGGACCUCCCCAUGGACAUCCGCCGGGACAUCAAGCGCCACCUCUGCCUGGACCUGGUCCGCAGAGUUCCCCUCUUCGACGAGAUGGACGAGCGCACGCUCGAGGCCAUCUGCGAGCGGCUGCGGCCGGCGCUCUACACGCGCGGCACGCGGCUGGUGCGCGAGCUCGACCCCGUGGACUCCAUGCUCUUCAUCAUCCGGGGCUACCUGGACUCGUACACCACGCAGGGCGGGCGGUCCGGGUUCUUCAACUCGUGCCGCAUCGGGGCCGGCGAGUUCUGCGGGGAGGAGCUGCUGACUUGGGCGCUGGACCCAAGGCCGUCGGAGUACUUGCCCCGGUCCACGCGCACCGUGAGGGCGGUCUCCGAGGUCGAGGCGUUCGCGCUCGUGGCGGAGGAUUUAAGGUUCGUGGCGUCGCAGUUCCGGCGCUUGCACAGCGCGAGGAUCCGGCAUAGGUUCAGGUUCUACUCGCACCAGUGGCGCACCUGGGCCGCGUGCUUUAUUCAGGCCGCGUGGCGGAGGCAUAAGCGGCGCCGCGCGUCCAUGGAGCUCAGGAUGAUGCCGGAAGGGGGAGGAGGGGGAGCGAGGGCGGGAGGAGGGGGCGUGAGGUGUCGGAGGCAUAGCUGCGACGGCAAGGCGCUCAAGAAGCCCAUGGAGCCGGACUUCACGGUGGAGGAGGAAGACGACUGAAUUUGUUAUUUUCACUCCGUUUUAACUUAAGUACGGAGUACUAUAGCUAGCGUUUCGGCUCUCAAAGUAUAGUAUCGAAAUCGAAUUUGCUCGGCAAACCAUAGUUACAUGUCCGAGAUGCGUCCGAUACUCUCCUGCGCCCCAUUUUGAUGUAGUGAUUAAUUUGAUCGAAAUGUACUGGAGUGUCGGAUGAGUAUCGGACCGGAAAUCGUCAGACCUAUAGCACCUCUCCUUUAAAAUCUGGUGACGAGGAUUUGCACGUUCUUGAAUCGGUUUUGCUAUUUCUUAAACGACUGAGAAA